AUGAAUAAACCUGAUCUGGAUUGUAAAGCGGAUGAAUCUGAUGAAACUUUCGCUGCAGUCGUCAUAAUGACAGCCUCCAUUACGGAAGAUAGCAGUGGUGGGGAGGAUCCAGGCAACCUUUGGGGUGGUGGAGGCAACGGCAAUGAAGACAGCACAGACGUCUUAAUGUCGGGAGCAGCAAUUGGCGGCCCUCCAAGGAAAGGAGAAGCUGGGCUAAUCUGCGCGCUGGAAGUAGCUGCGAUUAGUAGACGACAUGAACCUUGA